GGACUGAUAUGAAUGCAUCAUGUCGUGACGUGUCUGUUCCCUCGAGCUUAUCUCGGGAUGUGUGUUGUUUCGUCGAGUCCACGCAUUGGAUCGACUCAUUAUCAGUCUAUCGCAGAGCGAGAGAGACGGAGAGAGGGAGAGACUAGUCGUCGUACAAAAAGGACUGGAUGUAACUCUGCUCUGCGUCGAUUAGUGAAGACAGGGGGAGAAGAGAAAAUUUUCAUUUAUUCUUCUUUCUUCUUUACUCUUUCUGUCUCACCCUCUCUUCUCCCCUUUCUCUCUCUCUCUCUCUGUCUCUCUGUCUCUCUCUCUCUCUCUAUGUGUGUGUGAUGGCAGCGAUGCCUUCUGUCUCAUUUGUGGGCUCGUUCAACGAGGGCAGUCCCCUAUGGGUUGGGCCCAAGGUUCUCGUCGUGGACUGAGUUCACCUGAGAACCGACUGCUCUCGCCGCUAUUAUAUUUAAUUCCUUUUUACCCCAUUCUUUCCCCUUCUCCACGGCGGUGCUUGCUAGCCCGUGGAGAAGCGCAUGCUCCGCCGACGUCGAGCAAGACCACCACCACGGACCACAGUGACUGGCCAGACACCGCUGCUAUUUCCACACCUUGUCACCUGCUCGGUAUUUGCUGCCUUCGACAAGCCUUUUUGGUUUCCAGCCCCCUACUCCUUAUGCCCUUUCUCCCCGACUGCGGUAGUGCCGCCAAGAACUUCCCGGCCGACGGUGGUUGAAACAGCCAACACGGGUCUUCCAGUCGGAGACACAGCAAGGCUGGAGAAGGGGGGAGGGGAGGGGGGGGGGCAGAGAAGGGGUGUAACGGCCUUUCUGUCACCGGGGUAUUUCAGCUUUACCGCUGGAGCCGCAGGGAAAAGAAAAAAAAAGGGGGGGGAGAGAUAAUCAGCUUAGUGUGGGGAGAGACGACCGUGGAAAGAAGCUGAUAUCGACUGUGCCUC